AUGGAGCAGGACCGUGCUAUAGCUGACCUCGGCCCGGACGUCCCUCCGGUUGAGCUGAACGGCGAUGCCGAAACCGCCCCGAAGACACCAAAGAGACGAUUCAUUGGAAGGAGAGCAGCGGAGGCAAGAGCUGCAGCAAAGGCAGAGUCCGGUGUUGACAAUGCCUCGAUUGAGAGUGGUGCAGUCCAAGGUUGGCUCGACUAAAUUGCGACACCCCCACCACUCACGCCGAGCUGACGAAGAACAGUUGCGCCGCGACGGCGACCACUGCGAGCACUGAAUAAUGUGCCUGAUGAUAUUCUGCACGACAAGGACAUCAACGAUGCUAUUGCGUUGCUGCCCAAGAAUUACAAUUUCGAAAUCCAUAAGACCAUUCACAGAAUACGGACCUCUGGCGCAAAGAAGAUUGCACUACAAAUGCCUGAAGGACUCUUGCUCUUUGCUACUACAAUAUCCGAUAUCCUCACACAGUUCUGCCCUGGAGCAAGCACGCUCAUCAUGGGCGACGUCACGUACGGUGCUUGCUGUAUAGAUGACUACACCGCGAGAGCGCUGGGGUGUGACAUGCUUGUGCAUUACGCGCACUCCUGCCUCAUACCUGUCAACGUUACAAAGAUCCAGACACUGUACGUCUUCGUUGACAUUCAGAUCGACGUCGAGCACCUACUCGCUACCAUCGAGCGGAACUUCAAAUCAGGAAGCACCAUUGCUAUGGUAGGAACCAUUCAGUUCAACGCAACUCUCCAUGGCACUAGUGUGCAAUUGAAGCAAGCAGGCUACAAUGUGGUCGUCCCGCAGAUCAUGCCGUUGUCAAAGGGUGAGAUAUUGGGCUGCACAUCACCUCACUUGACCAAAGAGCAGAAUGUGGAUCUAAUACUCUACCUUGGGGAUGGACGCUUCCACCUGGAGAGCGCAAUGAUCCACAAUCCAUCACUACCAGCGUACCGCUAUGAUCCAUACUCACGCCGGCUGACCCACGAGACGUAUGACCACAAUCAGCUUCUCUCAGACCGGUCGAAUGCACUUGCUCAAGGGCGCACGGCGAAGAAAUGGGGCUUGAUUCUCGGUAGUCUGGGCAGGCAAGGCAAUCCGCACACGAUGACAUUGAUUGAGAGCCAUCUCCGCGAAAAAGGCAUUCCCUGGGUCAACUUGCUUCUCAGUGAGAUCUUUCCUGGAAAGCUGGCUAUGAUGCCAGAUGUGGAGUGCUGGGUACAGGUCGCCUGUCCACGACUGAGUAUCGAUUGGGGCUACGCCUUUCCAAGACCGCUGUUGACGCCUUACGAAGCUCUUGUUGUGCUUGGAGCAAAAGAGGGCUGGGAAGCAAAAGCAGGAGCGGCAGCAGGCGAGAAGCGCGAGACGAUAUAUCCCAUGGAUUUUUACGGCAAGGAGGGCUUGGCUCGCGUGAAGCCAGAGGAUGUUCCUGUGAGCAAGGUAGUGCAAGGUACUGCGUGA